AUGGCGGCGCCUCCCUCCGCCAGACUGGUAGACGGCGCCUCCCUCCUGAACUCAUCUCCCACCCCGUCCGCAACUCCUCCCCUGGAAGACGGCGCCGGCUCCCCGUGCAAGACUGGAUGGCGCCGCCUCCGUCCUCCAGAUCCGGCCGGUGGCGCCUCCCUCCUCCAGAUCCGGCCGUCGGUGCCUCCCUCCUCCACACGGAAGGACACCAUGUUGGCCUCGGUGUGGUUGCCGCCAGCGGGCGAGGAGAGGCAGGAGGCGGUGCCCGUCCAUCAGUUAUCUUCCGUGAGUGCAAAGAAGAGAAUGUAUAUACUGAGAGAUGCUAAGCUGCAGCAGGUCAUGUCUCUGUGGGAGGAAUUCUGCAAGGAGUUCAAGGAGAAGAGCCCUAAGAACGAGUCUGUUGCUGUGGUGCCCCAAGGAGUUGUUCUUCAGACUUGCACUCUCACGUCAGGCUUGCUGCUUGCUGGAGGGCUUCUGUUUAGCCAGGGUGCCGAAAACCAGAUUGCAAGCAAAGGGUUUGCUGCUCUCGAUGAUCUAUCUAGAUCACAGUAG